AUGCCCGAUCCAACUUCUCCUCCAAAGCAGGAACCAUACCAUAUCCUGUCCAAGAAUCAAAAAUGGAACCUGGUCAUUUUCGUCUCCCUAGCAGGCUGCUUCUCCCCCCUUUCCUCCAACAUCUACUUCCCGGCUAUAGACACCAUAUCCAAUGAUCUUAGCAUCAGCGCAUCCCUUGUCUCCUUGACCAUCACCGUCUACAUGGUCAUGCAGGGUAUUGCGCCCUCGCUAUUCGGUGCGCUCUCCGACUCUUGCGGGCGCCGCCUGACGUUCGCAAUCAGCCUCACCAUUUACACCGCCGCCAACCUUGCGCUCGCAUUCACGUCCAGCUAUCCCAUGCUGAUGGCCCUGCGAGGGCUCCAAGCGGCAGGAUCCGCUGCCACCAUCAGCAUCAGUGCGGGCGUCAUUGCCGAUAUUGCCGCCCCACAAGAACGCGGAGGCUUCAUGGGAACAAACGCCGGAGUUCGCAUGAUGGGUCAAGCGGUUGGCCCAGUCAUCGGCGGCCUUCUCAAUAGCGCCUGGGGAUUCCGCAGCAUCUUCUGGCUAUUGUUCGUCAUGAGCAUCAUCGUCCUCGGCGCCCUCCUCAUCUUCCUACCCGAGACCCAGCGCAGUAUCGCCGGCAAUGGGAGCAUCCCGCUGACCGGUUUCCACAAACCACUUGCAUGCACCAUCAAGCCUCCGACGGCUUGGGCCCGAAAUGCCAAGAGCGAACCCAUAUACCAAAAGCCGCGAGCUCCAAUAUCGCUCAAGAAAGCAUUUAGCCCACUUGCUUACAUCCUCGAAAAGGACAUCGCCGCCCUCCUUGCCUGGGGCGCAAUCGCCUACACAGCAUGGAGCAUGGUCACCUCGUCGACAACCACGAUGCUCCUCCAUGGCUUCCCUUUCCUCACCCAAUGGCAAAUCGGCCUCUGCUUCUUACCAAAUGGAGUGGGCUGCAUCUGCGGGUCUCUCAGUACAGGCUGGCUCCUGAACCAAAACUUUCGCCGCGUCGAAGCAAAAUACAAAUCCAAGCACAGGCUCGGGGACGAGCCCGACAACAGUACUACUUCUACUAUUGACACCGCCAACUUCCCCUACAUAAAAGCCCGCCUCCAGCUAAUGCCGCUCUUCAGCACGCUCCUCGUCAUCUCCUUAGCCCUCUACGGUCCCAGCUUCGAAUUCAACGACCUCCACCGCUCCUACACCCCGAACCUCGCCGCCCCGCUAAUCCUCCAAUUCCUCAUCGCAUUCACCGCGACCGCAAUCUUCAAUAUCAACUCGACGGUCCUCAUCGACUCGUUCCCGGACCGCCCCGCAAGCGCGACGGCUCUGAAUAACCUGUGUCGGUGUCUGCUGGGUGCGGCGGGGGUGAGUGCUAUUCAGCCGCUAAUUGACGCUGUGAAGGCCAUGAGGGCCUUUUUUAUUGUCACGGGGAUCGUUGUGGCUUUUAGUCCGCUUGUUUGGGUUGUUUGGAUGUGGGGGGAGCGGUGGAGGGUUCAGAGGGAGGAGAGGAUUAAGGCUAGGAAUCUGGGGACGGCCGGGCUCUGA